CCGGCCGAGGGGCGGGGGGGGGAGAGCAGGAGGAGGAGGCGGGACGGGACCGGACGGGACCGGGAGCGUGGAGCCCCUGCCCGGCCCGGCCCCGCUGCCCGGCCCGGUAUGCGCCGCAGCGCCCGGGAACAUGGCCCGGCGGAGCCCGCCGCGCAACGGUGUCGGCGGACACGACUUUGAUUCCAAGAAGAAAAGGAAGGUGGCAGAGAUCUACCAGGCCCUGAACAGUGAUCCCAUCGACGUGGCCACGCUGAGGCGGAUGGCGAUCAGCGAGGGGGGGCUCCUCACCGACGAGAUCCGCUGCAAAGUGUGGCCGAAGCUGCUCAGUGUGAACACAGACGAUCUGCCCCCCCUCCCAGGGAAGGAGCUGCGAGAGGACAAUAAGGAUUACCAGCAAGUGCUGCUGGACGUGCGGCGAUCCCUGCGCCGGUUCCCACCAGGAAUGCCAGAUGACCAGAGGGAAGGGUUGCAGGAGGAGCUCAUCGAUAUCAUCCUGCACGUCCUGAAGCGCAACCCACAGCUGCACUACUACCAGGGCUACCACGACAUCGUGGUCACCUUCCUCCUGGUGGUGGGGGACAGACUGGCCACGGCGCUGGUGGAGAAGCUCUCGACACAUCAUCUCAGGGAUUUUAUGGACCCAACGAUGGAUAAUACCAAGCACAUUUUAAAUUACCUGAUGCCCAUCAUAGACCAGGUGAACCCUAAGGUGCAUGACUUCAUGCAGAGCGCGGAGGUGGGCACCAUCUUCGCCCUCAGCUGGUUGAUCACCUGGUUUGGGCACGUUCUGUCUGACUUCAGGCACGUGGUGCGAUUGUACGACUUCUUCCUGGCCUGCCAUCCCCUGAUGCCCAUUUACUUUGCUGCUGUGAUCGUGCUGUACCGCGAGCAGGAAGUUCUGGACUGCGAGUGCGACAUGGCCUCUGUGCACCACCUCCUGUCCCAGAUCCCACAGGACCUUCCCUACGAGACUCUCAUCAGCAGAGCCGGGGACCUGUUUGUCCAGUUCCCACCAUCCGAGCUCGCCCGGGAGGCAGCCCAGCAGCAGGCUGAGCGAACCGCGGCUUCCACGUUUAAGGACUUUGAGUUGGCGUCGGUGCAGCAGAGACCCGACACUGUGCUGAGGCGGCGGUUCCGGGAGCGCCUGCGCGCGGAGGAGAGGACAGAAUCCAUCCUGGCAAAGCCCAGGACCAACCGCUUGGUGAAGCUGGCUGUGAUGGGGCUGACGGUCGCGCUGGGAGCCGCUGCCCUGGCCGUGGUGAAGAGCGCCCUGGAGUGGGCACCCAAGUUUGAACUGCAGAUCUUCCCCUGACGCCACGGCAAGGGCUGGCCCUGGCCCCCACGCACCCCGUGACGGGUGGUGCAAGGACGUGGCUGGAAAUGACCUGGCUGAAGAUUGGGUUUUGUCGUUGCUGUGUUCAGUGGCGCUUUUGGCCUUUGCAACAGAGACCAAGGGGAACCAGCCCAGCAGGAUUUGACCCCGCAUCAAUGCUCACCUUGCUCUCCCCUCCCCGGGCAGGGGGGAGCACACAGGCACUGCCACUGUCUCGUGAGGAAUCGGAGUUUGGAUGAGUCUGGCUCUUCAGGCUGCACACAGGUGACUGUUGAGCAGAGAGCUCUGUGUGGGGGCUGUCCCAAAAUGAUCCCUGUGGGGGUAGUUAAUUGGGAGCAAGCGCAGAUCCUCGCCUGGAGCAGAGUCUCACAGCACAUUUGGCCGGGGGGGUGUGCAUGUGUGGGGCUGAGGGGCUGUUACACUCCUGAGGACCCAGGCAGCCCUCAGCUCUGCAUCACUCCUGGCUGCCAGUGCCCCACGGUCCAACCCCUUCCUAUGGGGCAGCCUCUGGGCAGAGCCAGCCCUUUCCCAGUGCCCUGCCACGAGGUUCUCUCCAGCGUGAACACUCCCCCUUCUGCUUCCUCAUCUCUGCAGCCUGUUUGCAGGAGAGAAGGGCAGGGACAGGAGCGCACUGGGGCGGUGCAGAGGGCCUGGCUGGCGCUCGCUGCGGCUCCAUCGCUGGCACUAGUGUGGGUCAGCAAGAGGAGACACGAGUGUCGCGCACGCUGCCAGAGGUAUGUGCUGUCAUGUGCCUGAUCACGUCACCACGAGUCUUAGCAGCACCACAAGCACCCGUUGCAGACUUCUCUUACAGCUCUGGGAGCAGGUCUGAACGCAGAGAAAGGCUUUUCCCACCUGGUGAAACACUGCACGGGUCAGAGUCAUGGCAAUAGGAAACGUGUCAGAAACCUCCCCCGGGAGCUGAUCAGGCUUCAGAGUAACACAAGGGAGGGAGUUUCCCAGAAGGCCCCCCCAGGCACAGCUCCUGCCUCCCCUGCAGCCCCAUUCACAGCCCCCCCAGCGCUCCCUGCCCUCCGAGCUAAGCAGCAACCCCCUGUGCUCAGCUCAGCGUCGCGCUGAGCCAAAGCCAAUAGCCACUCGAUGCCUCUACCUCUCCCUGAGCUGCUAAACCUCCCGCAAGUGCCCUUACCUGUCCCUCUGCUCCCAGCCUGCUCCCCUGCCAUUGCUGUGUGCUGCCCAAAGCCGUCUGUGCCCUACCUGGGGGCCGCACCCCCGGAGACAGGCGUUGGUUGAAGAGUUUGGGAUCGAAAACUCAUUCCCUGCAUGUCCCAACCCUCUGCCUGGGGGUUCAGAAGCGCCGCGGGGCAGUUCUGGUUUGCCCUGUGGGUUUUCACUCUCCGAGGGGCUGUGCCUUUGUGGCCAUCAGCGUGGCCGCAGGGCUGUCCUCCUGCCUGACCCGUGGUUCCACAGAGCUCUGAGCAGGGGAGUUCCCUUUGCGGGCUGCAGCUGGAGGCUGCGGAUCUGCUCUGGCGCAGGCAGGGUGAGCAGCGGGGCCCGUUCCUGCUGCUGCUCCCUCACUCCAGGGCUGUGUGUGCCCAUGGUGGGAGCCAGCGGCUGCUCUCGGGGCUCCCUCCUGGCGUGGCUGAAGGCAGAGCCCAUCCCUGGCCCCCCAGCACCCCCCAGGGCAGCAGCACGUGGGGCAGAGGACGGGGCUUUAGCACUUUAGCAACUCGUGGUGCAGGAGAGACUGUGGUGCCCUGGUGGUGCUGUGGGGGUCCCGGCACCCCUCUGUGCACUCCCCAGCACCCCGAAGGAGGGGUUGCUGGAACCCCCCCGGCUCUCUGCCCAUGAUGCACUUUAGUUGUUGUGUUGUCCCCGGGGGAGGAAGGGGCUGGAGGAGACGCUUCGGGUGUUUCAGUUACUCUGUACAAAGACUUUACAUCCCCCUGUAAAUGCGGAUUUGUACAAACCCCUCACUGUAAAAUAAACAGUUACUAACACC